AUGUUUCAGCGAAAGUACGAGCUGAUCGCUCUCGCGUGGGCGACGACGUUGUCGUUGUUGACGUUUGAAUCCGCGCGAUGCGCGAAUCAGCUGAUCAGGCCGUUCAACGUUUACGAGGGUCUGAUCAAAGACAUACGCGAUUACUUCAACAACACGUGCAUCAUACUGCUACACGCUAAUCCGAACCCCAUCGAGACGCAGGGACUCGUGGAAGGCGACGGCUUGCUGUACCUUCAGAGGCGCCUGAGUUUGAAUUAUAAUAUACGCGCCGUCAUCAUGGAUUUUAAUUUGUUUAACACUCGAGUCGGGCAAAGCUACCAUCACAUCAAGAGGCCUCUCUUCGUCUUAUUAAACGACAAUGAAGAUACGAGGAAUGAAUUUGCACAUCAGGUGUCAACGUGGAUCGCGAUGGCUUAUCCCACCUGGCUAGUCUUCUUCCGUAACGAGACCGAAUACGCGGACUUUUUCUCCGAGAUUUACAUCCCCUUUGACUGUAAGUUCAUGGUGGCUCGAAGCAGCGCGAAUGAAAGCGGCAGGGAGAUCAUCACUGAAGUUUACCAAAUUGACCGAGGAAAGGAACUGAAGUCCAAUCAGUUCGGCGUGUGGGACAUGGGGAAGGGCCUGAAAGGGCCAACGCGCGGCCUAUUUUUGCGAAGAAACAACCUUUACGGCCAAAAUAUACGCGUUACGUCGGUCCACGAUCCUCCUAUCAGCCUAUUCCAUCGUAACGCGCGCAACGAGAUUACGAGGAUAAGCGGCUUUUUCGGCGAGGUGAUUCUGCUGUUGCAGGAGGGAAUGAAUUGCACAUUCACUUACAAGGAGGCGAAAUCGUGGGGCGCGUGUCUGUCAAACAGCACAUGCACGGGCGCAGUCGGGAUGUUGACGAACAACGAAGUCGACUUCGCGGCGACGGAAUUCAUGAUGACGUCGGACAGACUGGAGGUCGUCAGUUUCACGACACCGAUUUACACGACGAAAUGUCGCACGUACAUUAAGAGGCCGGCGUCCGCGAACGUGAAGUGGGACGCUUACUUUGCGCCGUUCUCGGCGAACACGUGGAACGUCAUAGCUCUCUUCAUGGUGAUCAUGAGCGGGUCAAUAGUGUUUAUACAGAAAUUCUUCGCCUUCGCACCGCUGCAUCCGCCGGACGCUCACUCGUCCACGAGAUUCACGGAGAUCCUGUUUUACGUCAUAGGAGCGUUCUGCAGCCAAGGUAUGAAACAGUCUUCUCUGGACCCCGUGAGGAUGGUGCAUUUCGUAAUACACAUAACAGCCGUCGUAAUCUUAGCUGCAUAUUCCGCUUCCUUGAUCAGCUUCCUCGCGGUGAGCACCUUCGUUAUGCCCUUCACGACGAUGGACGGCCUUUUGAAAGACGGAACCUACCGUUUCGGCGUGAUUGGCGAUUCGGCCGACUUCAGCUUCUUCCAGAACACCUCAGACCGAAUACUCAGCGUGCUGUUCGACGAGUUGUUAAUGAAAGAGACCCAUUUGCCGAAUAAUUAUAUGGACGGUCUGAAACGAGUUUGCAAGGAGGACAAAUACGCUUUUAUGACGCUGGACAACAUGGCGGCGAUAUUGCAGCAGAGAGUCGACUGCAAACUGGAGCCAUUGGACGCCAUCACGCAAACUACCAUAGCGAUGGCUUUGCGUCCCAAUAGCCCGUAUCGUGGUAUCAUCAAUGCAAAUCUUCUUCUGCUGAGGGACAGCGGAAUCUUACAGCGCAUGCUGCAAACGCAAUGGUCGGUGCAGCCGGUUGCAAGAAAAUCAUCGUGGAAGUCCGUCGAGAUCGGCGAUAUAGUACCGCUGCUACUUCUUAUGAUCGCCGCUUUGUUCGUCAGCUGCGUUGUCCAAAUCGUAGAACGCAUCAUCUACAAGAGUUUCUUCAAGUAGAGGCGAUUGGGAAUUAAUAAACACGAUGGCACAGCUGAAUGUGUGAACAGAGAAUGCUGCUUGUUCGUUACAUUCUUGUUUAAUAUAAUUCUACCGAUCUUUCAGUCGUUUAAUCUUGUUUUAAAAUUGUACAUUAUUGUUUCGUACACUAUUGUAGCCCAUUCCACGAUAUAGAUCCCGAUAUAAAUAGCACAAAUACAUUA